GAGUUUCAGCUCCCAGUUUUUUAUACUGGAUCUGUAGUUACAGCAGGACGAGCUCAAAACCAGUAUAUAAAUUACUGCUAGUGUCAGACCUGCUGGACAUUUCUCUUACAACAGUUCCAGACCCGUCUGUAGCACUACAGGAGCAAAGAUUCCUGGGAAACUGUACGACUGUCUGGAGGAAGACUUCUAUACUCACACAGCACACACAGCUAAUCAGCUUGCUUCUCCUGCAGCAUCAUGGAGUUUUCACUGGCUCACCCGGUGAUUAAAGCGUUCAUGUGCGGUUCUCUCAGUGGAACCUGCUCCACUCUGCUCUUCCAGCCUCUGGAUCUGGUGAAAACACGUCUACAGACUCUACAGAACAAUGUACAGCCUGGUUCAGGAAGGGUCGGCAUGGUGAAGGUUUUCCUCAGCGUUGUGAGGACCGAGAAGCUGCUCGGCCUCUGGAAGGGAGUCUCGCCUUCGUUUGUACGCUGUAUUCCUGGAGUGGGGAUUUACUUCAGCACCUAUUACAGUAUGACGCAGCAUUUUUUUUGCGACAGAGCUCCUCAUCCCGUAGAGGCUGUGCUGCUGGGAGCCGGAGCCAGAUGUGUGGCCGGAGUCUGCAUGCUGCCCGUUACUGUGAUCAAAACUCGCUUUGAGAGUGGACGCUUUAACUACAGCAGUGUAGCUGGAGCACUACGCAGCAUAUGUCAGACCGAGGGGCCGAGAGCUUUGUUUUCCGGCCUCACUGCUACUCUACUUCGAGACGCACCCUUCUCCGGCAUCUACGUCAUGUUCUACAUUCAGGCCAAGAACACACUGCCCACUGAGAUAAGCGAGUCAGCGUACGGUCCCUUAGCUAACUUUGGCUGCGGGGUUGUAGCCGGUGUGGUGGCCUCUCUGGUGACCCAGCCUGCAGACGUGGUGAAGACUCACGUGCAGGUGAAUCCUACACGGUUCAGGAGAAGCGCUGAUGCCCUCACAUACAUCUACAUGGAGCACGGACUGGCUGGGUUUUUCCGUGGCGCGGUGCCACGUUGUCUUCGCAGGACGAUGAUGGCAGCGAUGGCGUGGACCCUGUACGAGCAGCUCAUGGCUCGUAUGGGCCUUAAAUCCUGAGUGAGAGAAACUUAAAUAGAGAUAACGAAGGCUAACGAAGAAAGACAGGAUGAUCGAAAAAGAGCAGAAUGGAGCUGAAGACAACCGGUAUGGAAGUGGAUCCAGUUUCUAGAGCCAGGAUGUAGUGUUUACAUCUGAGACAUUAAACUGGAUGAAAUGACUGACUACAGGAAGCUUUAUGGUAAAGGAUUCAAGAGUGGGGAAAAGGAUUUUCCUAUAGAAGAUUUAAGCUGUUCUUUCGUGAACUGAGCUGGUGUGGUCUGUAGCAUGUGUAAAAGCAGUGCACUUUAAAUGCUGGGCAUUAUGUAGUUGGUUAAAAGCGUCGGUCUAUUCCUUGUGCCGACACCUUAAUCAGACAGUAAUCACUAGCAAAUGCAGUGUCAAAAUAGUGUAGGUAGCUCAGUGGAUAAGAUACUGGACUAGUAAUCAUAAAAUUGGCGGUUCAAGCCCCACCGCCACUGUUGGGCCCCUGAGCAAGAUCCUUAACCAGUUGGUCAAAUUGUAUUCAGGCACUUUGGAUAAAAGCGUCUGCUAAAUGCUGCAAAUGCAAUGUAAUGUAAUUCCCAAUCUGGCCUACUUGUAUACAGACUCAUAUAAUUGUGUCUGAAAAGCACUCAAUCAGCAUCUCUGACUCUAACUUACACAGAUCAGCCAUAACAUUAAAACCACCUUCUUGUUUCUACACACAUUGUCCAUUUUAUCAGCUCCACUUACCAUAUAGAAGCACUUUGUAGUUCUACAAUUACUGACUGUAUUCCAUCUGUUUCUCUGCAUGCUUUGUUAGCCCCCUUUCAUGGUGUUCUUCAAUGGUCAGGACUCUCCCAGGACCACCACAGAGCAGGUAUUAUUUGGGAGGUGGAUCAUUCUCAGUACUGCAGUGACACUGACUUGGUGGUGGUGUGUUAGUGUGUGUUGUGCUGGUAUGAGUGGAUCAGACACAGCAGCGCUGCUGGAGUUUUUAAACACCUCACUGUCACUGCUGGACUGAGAAUAGUCCACCAACCAAAAAUAUCCAGCCAACAGCGCCCCGUGGGCAGUGUACUGUGACCACUGAUGAAGGUCUAGAUGAUGACCAACUGAAACAGCAGCAAUAGAUGAGCGAUCGUCUCUGACUUUACAUCUACAAGGUGAACCAACUAGGUAGGAAUGUCUAAUAGAGUGGACAGUGAGUGGACAUGGUAUUUAAAAAUUCCAGCAGCGCUGCUGUGUCUGAUCCACUCAUACCAGCACAACACACACUAACACACCACCACCAUGUCAUUGUCACUGCAGUGCUGAGAAUUAUCCACCACCUAAAUAAUACCUGCUCUGUGGUGGUCCUGUGGGGUCCUGACCAUUGAAGAACAGGGUGAAAGCAGGCUAAAAAGGUAUGUAGAGAAACAGAUGGACACAAAGUGUUUCUUUGUGGUAAGUGGAGCUGAUAAAUUGGGCAGUGAGUGUAGAAACAGGGAGGUGGUUUUAAUGGUAUGGCUGAUCGGUGUAGAUCUUCUGGUCCAGUGUAAAUUGGCAAAUACAACUUAAUUAUUUGAGGUAAAUAAAAUGACAAAUACUGAAAUAAUUACUAGCUUGUCACUUGGGAUCAACGUGAUUAUUAAUUCACUUUUUAGAUGCUACACAACACCAGCUUUCUGAAGAAGUGGGUUGGAUCUUUAUGUCUGGUUGCUAUCUGUAAGCUUCCUCCCAGUACUUGUGUAGGUUUUUCCCACUAGCCAAUGACAUUCAGAUGGUAGAUUGUCUAAUCCAAAUUGCUCCCAGUGUAAGUGGUUAUUCGAGUCUGUCUGACCCAUCCCAACCCUGACCAGGAUGAAGCUGGAUGAGCAUUGUUGGCAGAAAUUAAGAUUUCUGGACUUGUUUCUGGACGUGUGUCCCCGUUCCAGCAGUGUGACGUGCACAGUUUCUGACUGACGCUGAGCCGUGAAUGUCAGGGUUAUAAGUGAUACAUUUGUGUUAUGAAUUAGGAAUGAAUUUAGCCUGUUCAGAUGUAUAGCAUUAUUAAUAUGUAUUCAAUAUUAGUGAUUAUGACUAACAUGCUAAUUUAAUAAAUUAAUUUAUUGUG